UCCUUCAAAGAUCCAAUCGUCGGGAUGCAUAAAAAGAUAAGGUAGCCAGCACAAGGUUAUGGAAGGACGAGGAAUGACAUCCUAUGGGUAAAGACAAGAAAAUAGUGGGCUCCAGCUCCUCCUCUAGCACGUGCUAGCUAGCUGCUAGCUAGUCAUGAUGUACGAGAGCCCUCCUGCGAGCUCUGGUUGGACCAAGCGACGGGCUUCUUCUAGCAGGCCUUCAGUGGAAUGUUCAUCCAGGCGCUCGGUACUUCCUCCUUUGAGUGUCGGCACCACCUGCUCGAACAAUUCCAACGAGAGCGUGCGGUCAGCACUCAAUAGCAACAACAAUAGUACUAGUACUACUAGCAGCAGCCGAGUGAAUCCCUUGGCUCGACAGAAUGUGCUGUUUGUCAUUCUGGGCCUUGGGGUUUUUCUACUGUUGGGAAACACUGUGUUUUUGUUUGUCCAGCUCAUGGACACGGACCAAGAAGCACAGGGGAACGUGUUCUUUCGACAUUAUCAUCGGCAUCAUGAGCGUCUCAAAAAUCUAUUCCAAAAAGAUUGGGGAGGAGGAGACGAAGAAGAAGCAUUACCUGUGUUGCCAGGGCAUACCAGUAAUAUCCCACCAAAAACCAAUAUUGUACCCCAAGAUGAGUCCAUCAUGCUUCAAGAGAUGGAAAAUUCCAUUGCCAAGAAAUUGAACAUGACACAGAAUCCAAGCAGCCCAAAGAUUCUGUCUUGUAGAAACAGUGAUUGUCAACGAAUUCUUUUGGAAGAGGAGCAACCUCCUCAAGUGGUCUACUUGAAUGAUCUGGAUCAACCACGGUACUUGUGUGGCAGAACCAUUGAACCCCAUGGACUCUUGGUACUCAGCCAGGCCGAGCAUGAUCAACUAUGUAACAAUCCACAACGACAACACCCACAUUACGUCCUUUCCACACUCUUUCCCGUCUUGCCCACACGAAGCAACCACAUUGAGAAAGGCUCUCCUCUCGGGCCCAUCAAGCUGGGGAUCAAAGGAGUCAGGCUUUCCCGGUCAGUCCGAUUCACCCGAUUCCGAGGACCCUGUGAUGUUAGCUGUUACUUUAUACCCAACAACCUCAACACUAUAGCCAUUCUGAGAACCGUCCAAGGGACGGAUUGGCAACUUGGUACCUCCAUGGAAGGACCACAAUACUACGACUCACUUCGCGGUGGCGGCAACAAACAAUCCUAUCUGGCCACCACGUCGUUGGAGUCCGACAUUCCCAUGCCCUACUUUUCAUGGGAUGAUUAUGCUCCGGAAGGAAAAGUUACAGUUCCGGCGGUAGACUAUGACAAGGCCAUCAAGGGAGCUGUGUUUAUGGCUCGAAACUGUCAGAGUCGCAAUCGUCGCGAAGAUUUGGUCAAGGCAUUGAUUCAAAAGAGUAUCGCAUACAACAAUCAGAGCGUUGCAGCAGCAGAGUCGCCGUUUCGCAUUGAUUCCAUAUCGCGGUGCCUCCACAACCACGACCCUCCUCCAACAAUACACAAGGACGACAAGAUUGAAAUUGUCAAUCAGUAUCUCAUGUAUUUGGCAUUUGAGAAUCAAAAUGCCAAUGAUUACAUCACGGAGAAGCUUUGGGGGUCACUCUUUCGUACCGGCGCCUUGCCGGUCUACAUGGGAGCCCCCAAUAUCGAGGAACAUGUCCCGCCUCAUUCCAUUAUCAAUGGGCGAGACUUUGCCAACAAUGCGCAUGCCUUGUGGGAAUACUUGCUCCAAGUGGCUCGCAACCGAACCCUGUACGAGUCGUACCAUGCCUGGAGAGAUCAACCCCUCCCGGAACGCUUUGUACGCAAGUACAAUUUUACCCAUGUCCAUUCCACCUGCCGCAUGUGUCGUUGGGCAUUUGCCAAGCGAUACGGAUGGGGUUGGGAUCACGAACAACAAUCGAUACAAGAAGCAGACGUCAGGGAAAAUCGAAAGCUUUGCUGGGAUGGUAGUACGGGGCUCCUUCAAAGUCCCUUUCGAGAACAAUGGUUGUCUCCCAAUUUUGUAGAGUUGGAGGUGGAACCAAAUGGCAACACGGAUGGUGAAAUGGGACAAGGGGUGGUGUGCGAGAAACUCGGGGAUGACGAGCAGCAACAACAACAAAACUAUACUCAGACUCGAUCCAUACUACUGCCAAACGGCGAUUCCGUGAACAGAACAAUCUGGAAUCAUGAUGGAAUCUUGGAUAUGUUUGUGGAAUUGGAGUCGUCGUCGUCUUCUUCCAACACUGAUGCCCAAUCUGUGGUACUGAAAAUGGACCUUCCCCUGCUGCUCACUGGCAAGGAGGAGGAUGAAGAAGUGUCAGAAAAGACCUUGGGAAAUCACCAGUUUUGGCUACAACGGGGCGACCGUCGCGUCUCGGUGUUGACCAACCACAAUCUACUUUGGGCAUCGGAUGAUGGAAUGGUACGGUUGUUUUUCUCCCUCCAAUCAAAUGUCACAUUUCGCAUCCGGAUUCUAAUCGAGCAUCUAGAUCUGCACAGACCCCAGCAUCGUCUGGAGCCGACUUAUUUUGGUCAGAUUGUCGCCCAAGAUUUCUUUCAUCCACUGGAAAAGUUUCUGGUUUUGAACGGAUAAAAACAGUGCCGAUUCAGUGACACCAGUCCGAAUGCUUGGUAGUUGGAGAAAUUCUCACCUCCUUCAUCGUCCACAACGUUGGAAGAGUGCAUUAGCGGAAAAAAGAUCAUGCUCCGGCAACCAACCUAGCUGAAGCUACUUCUGAAACAAACUGUGAAGUGGGGCUGAAUGACAUGACCACACUAAUAAUUGAGGGCUCAAUCGCUUGUUGGUGCUUGAUAGCAUCUACGCCGUUGUUUUUGAUGGUACUAUUCCCUCCAGCCACAAUCCAACGCAAUGGCUCCCCUUUGACCUUCCAAGAUAUCAGCAGCGUUCUUUCAACGGCUAGCUAGCUGGUACAGGUGCUUUGAGAUCGCAUGUUCCGCUCGUUACGGCAGGGUUACACGUACAUCAUUUUGUACAAGUGUAGGUGUUGGGGUGCAUCCAUUACGAUUCUCGUCACGGGUGCUAAAAAUGGGGGGAAAUGAUGAGUUUACACUUUAGACCGGGCAAGACAAGCACACCAGCUCUUGUAGAUAGUGCAACGAAUCAUCCAUUUCACCACAGAGACUAACAGAAUGGCUGAUAUGGCAACACCUUGACAAUGAUUCAAAACCACAUUAAUUAAACAAAGAAACCUUCCAAAUAGGCAACUGCACCCUGCCACCAAGUGAACACCCUACUAACAAAAUUGGUCUGUGUGUGGCUUCCUCCAGUGCCUAGGUUGCCAACUUGAGGCAAAGGAUUCAGGAUAGGAGAAAAUGUGGGAAAGUCAGUUUGUCCCCACAUUUGGACAAGUCCAUUCUCAGCAAAAUCAUCGUUUGGAGGAACAUCAUAACCAGGUGCUCCAACAAGGACUUUAGUCCCAUCACCAGAAAUGGCGACACUAAAUCCCAACCUAUCACCUUGCCUGAUUCCAUCAAUAUCAAAACCUUGGGCCCUGCUAAUCUCUUGAAGGACCCAAUCAGUGCCAUCAAACUUGUAGAUGCGAGCGUAACCAGGGAGACCUGAUAGGAAGCUACUUACAGAUCCAGCCACAAGGGUUUUGCCAUCACCGGAUAAAUCAAUGGAGGUCCCAAAUAAAUCAUCGUAUUCAUUCCCAAUGAGAUCACUAUGUAGCUCACAAGCAACGGGGGCAGGGUCAGUAAUCCAAAAGGUCAUGCAGCUUGCACAUUUCACAUUCCUCAAUGUUUACCUUCCCAAUUGGACCCAUAAUUCCUCAAAUCUCUGAAAGACUUGAACCCUGCCGACUCUUAUAGCCCCAACCACAUCAAACUGAGGAGAACUGACUGCAACAAUGCUGCCAUCAUAGUUUAGAGACACUGAAUGGCCAAAAUUGUCACCAACAGCAGACCCAAACAUCGCUCCACCAUCAACAAAAUUUUGAUUGAUCGCGAAGCCACUACUGUCGUAAACACGGCAUUCACCAAACCUUGUGGAGUCAGAAUCAGAGGAUCCAGAUCCGGGCAUUCCAACAGCAAACAAGUUGCCAUCUCCAGAGAGUGAUACAGACCACCCCAACUCUGCCAAUCCAAUUUCUCCGUACAGUCCAGAAACAAUGGUGAUGAGAUUAUCAGUAACAUCUCUCACACGCU